UGUGUGUACCGGAAUCACACUACCGAGAGAACAUUAUUUCCAAGUGGCGGAUAGGACGCUCCGGGCGUUUUAUCAACCCUGAACUCACAAUGGUGGAGAUGGGCUCUGCAAUCUUGGAGUAUCUGGAAAGGAAAGCGAAUGAGUCUGCAGAAUUUCAGCAGGAUUGGUCUGAAAUGAAAGAUUUAUACGUGAGGAAACUGUGGCAUCAGCUGACAAUGAAACUUCAGGCAUGUCUGAACAUACCGAAUUUUAAGGCGCAAACAGAUUUAGUUGAAUUGAAUCAAGUGUUUUUGAAUGACUUCAAGACUAGAAUUAACCCGCUUGCUUUGGUUGAGCUGUGUGUGCCAAUUAGUGAGCAGAUUGUUACUCAUGAUCCGCAGCAAGGUAUCAAAUUCAUGGAAGAGAUACGGGAUAAGGUAAGUUAUCUGUCACUGUCUGCGGUACUUUUCAUAAUCCUUCAAAUUUUCCAAUCACCUUCGUCAUUCUGGCUUUGA